AUGGCUGCAAACGGGACCAACGGCGACUCGGCCACCGCCAUCGAUGAUAUCAAACCCCCGGCUGGCGUUGUACUGCCGCCCCGCGAGAUUCGCAACAUUCUCGAAAAAACGGCCGGUUACGUUGCGCGUAAUGGUGCCGUUUUCGAGGAUCGCAUCCGCGACAAGGAGCAGACUAACCCCAAGUUUAGCUUCCUGAACCCCGAUGACGCCUACCACGGAUACUACGAAUGGCGUCUAGCCGAGGUGCGUGCCGGCCGUGGAACCGAUGUUGCUGCUGGUCGCGCUGGCGAGGCAAGCAAGGAACCCGAAAAGCCCCAAGGCCCUCCUCAACCUCCCGACUUUCAAUUCUCUGCGCGCAUGCCCAGGAUCAACCAAAAGGAUCUCGACAUCAUCCGUUUAACGGCCCUGUUUGUUGCCAAGAAUGGCCGUCAGUUCAUGACGCAGCUCGCGCAGCGUGAGAGUGGCAACCCGCAAUUCCAGUUUCUUAUCCCUAACCACACAUUCCACAACUUCUUUCAACGCAUCAUCGAUCAAUACACAACACUAUUACGAGCCGGCGGUCUCGGCGGGGAGGGUGGCAAGCUCCAGGAAGAGCAAGUUGCCGAGCUUGAGAAGAACAUUGCCGACAAAUUCCACGUGCUCACGCGCGCAAAACAACGAGGCGAGUACAUCAAAUGGCAGGAGCAAGAAAAGACCAAGAAGGAAGAGGCAGAAGAGGAGGCCAAGGCUGAGUUUGCGCGCAUCGACUGGGGCGAUUUUGUCAUUGUCGAGACCAUCACCUUCACCGACAGCGACGAGACGGCCAAUUUACCGCCCCCGACGACUCUAUCCGAGCUCCAAUAUGCAUCUCUAGAAGACAGAAACAAAGCCUCCAUUAGCGCCAACUUGCGCAUCGAAGAGGCUAUGCCUGGGGAAGAGCUGGACCAGAACGGUUAUUCUGGCCAUGUGUCGGCGCCUGCGCCUGCGCCUGUGCCGGCCUACCCGCUUCCUGUUCACCCUGGCUAUGCUCAACCGCAUAACCAACCAGACUACCCGCCCCAGAUGCCUCAACCGACUCAAAAAUCCGCGCAGGAGCUUGAGGAAGAGCGGAGAAUACACGAGCGCGCCGAGGCGCAGGCGCGUAUGCACCAGGCCCAGAACGUCGCCCGUGGUGGUGCACCUCCGAUGAAGAUUCGAGAAAAUUACGUGCCUGGAGCCCAAAAGGCGAAAAAGGUGCAAACAGCAAUGUGCCCCAAUUGCAAGCAACAGAUCCCUAUCAAUGAAAUGGAAGAACACAUGCGAAUUGAACUCUUGGAUCCCCGGUGGAAGGAACAAAAGUCCAAGGCCGAUGCCCGUCACGCCCCUUCCAACAUGUCGCAGGUUGAUGUGGCCAAUAAUCUGAAGCGACUCGCCAGUCAGCGCAGCGAUGUGUUUGACCCUGUCACCGGUCUGGCCGUGUCCGAGGACGAGCUAGCCAGAAGGAAGAAGGCCGCCAUCAAUAGCUUCGACGGCAAUCCCGAGGGCCAAAGCCAGGCACACAUAAGCCAUCUCCAGGGCAUGAAUGUUGAGGAGCAGAUCCGCGCCAUCCACCAAAAGUUUGCGGACAAGAAGUAG